GGCGGUGCUCGGACGUUGGCGUUGUGCGUGCCGAUUAUUUUAUUGUAGCAAUUAUUAGUGAUAAAAGACGCUCAGAAAUGCAAUAAACUAGUUUGCAGUUUCACUUCGGAGAUAGUUUAUUAUUUCAAUUGCUAGAACUAUAAUUUUAACUUCAAAAUGGCUAACCCAGCCACUGCUCCAGUGGUAGAAGAGAACCCAGAAAUUGAUUGGGGUAACGAGCGAUUACAACGAGCGCAGCGGGCCGUGGAAGCAAACAUAUACGAUGUGGAUUCGUGGUCACUGUUGAUACGGGAGGCCCAAACGCGGCCUAUCAAUGAAGUGCGGUCGGUGUAUGAGAAGCUGAUCACAGCGUUCCCGACGACGGGACGGUAUUGGAAGAUCUAUAUUGAACAGGAGAUGAAGGCGCGAAACUUUGAGAAAGUGGAAAAGCUAUUCCAACGGUGUCUGAUGAAGAUUCUAAACAUCGAGCUAUGGCGGCUGUACCUCAACUACGUCAAGGAAACGAAGUGCAUGUUGCCGACUUACAAAGAGAAAAUGGCUCAAGCGUACGACUUCGCCCUGGACAAGAUUGGACUAGACAUCCACGCGUAUCCCAUCUGGAACGAUUACGUCACGUUUCUCAAAAGUGUGGAGGCUGUCGGAUCGUAUGCUGAGAACCAGAAGAUAUCUGCUGUCAGAAAGGUGUAUCAGAGAGCUGUUAUCACCCCCAUAAUCGGUAUAGAAACAUUGUGGAAGGACUACAUUGCGUUCGAACAAAGCAUCAACACUAUUAUUGCCGAAAGAAUGGCAAUGGAGCGUUCCCGUGAGUACAUGAACGCGCGUCGCGUCGCCAAAGAAUUGGAGACAGUCACCCGCGGCCUCAACAGAAACAUGCCGGCCACGCCACCUACCGUCGAUCGAGAGGAAAUGAAACAGGUGGAACUGUGGAAGAAAUACAUAACCUGGGAGCGUUCCAACCCGCUCCGUUCAGAAGACACAGCGUUGGUCGCUCGCCGAGUCAUGUUCGCUAUAGAACAGUGCCUCCUGUGCUUGGCACACCAUCCCGAUGUUUGGCACCAGGCGGCCCAGUUUCUGGACCAUUCGGCCAAGUUACUCACCGAGAAAGGGGACUCAAACGCAGCGCGCCUGUUUUCCGACGAAGCGGCAGCGGUAUACGAGCGCGCCACCAGCGGCCCUUUAAAGAGGUCCACUCUGCUGCACUUUGCCCACGCCGACUAUGAGGAGAGCCGGCUACAUUACAAUAAGGUGCAUCAAGUAUACACCCGCUACUUGGACAUGGAAGACAUCGAUCCAACAUUGGCCUACGUACAGUACAUGAAAUUCGCGAGGCGCGCUGAAGGCAUCAAGUCAGCUAGAACUGUGUUUAAACGCGCCAGAGAGGAUCCUAGAUCAGCCUACCACGUAUUCGUAGCGGCAGCCCUUAUGGAGUACUACUGCUCUAAAGACAAGAACAUCGCCUUCAGAAUCUUCGAGCUGGGUUUGAAGAAGUUCUCACACAUACCGGAGUAUGUGCUGUGCUAUAUCGACUACUUAUCUCAUCUUAAUGAGGAUAACAACACCCGCGUACUGUUCGAGCGAGUGCUGUCCUCUGGCAGUUUGAAGCCCGAGAGCUCUGUGGAUAUCUGGAACAGGUUUCUGGAGUUCGAGUCCAACAUCGGUGAUCUGGUGUCCAUCGUGAAGGUGGAGAAGCGGCGGCAGGCUGUGCUCGAAAAGAUCAAAGAGUUCGAAGGCAAGGAGACGGCACAACUGGUAGACAGAUACAAGUUCUUGGACUUGUACCCUUGCAGCAUCGCGGAACUCAAGUCCAUUGGAUACACCGAGGUGGCAUCAAUGUCGAACAAGUCUUGGGCCCUCGGCGGACCCUUAGCCGGGAUAUCGCCUGAACUGGCAGCUGUUAUACUUGGACAGAAAGAUAACGACCCGAACAAGGACAUCGCUCGUCCGGACACCAACCAGAUGAUCCCCUACAAGCCGAAGGCCAACCCUCUGCCCGGAGAACACCCUAUUUCUGGUGGAACCUUCCCGCUGCCACCCGCUGCAGCUCACCUCUGCACCCUCAUGCCGCCGCCAACCUCCUUCAGAGGCCCGUUCGUAGCCGUCGACAGGCUCAUGCAGCUGUUCAACAGGAUAUCAUUGCCUGACAAACCGCCGGCGCCGACUCAAGAGAAUGGCUGCGACACCAAACUGUUCGAUCUGGCGCGCUCCGUGCAUUGGAUUGUGGACGACGAGGGGAUCACGACUGUCGCCAAUAAGUCUCGCAGAAGAAAGGCCGGUGAAGACUCGGAUGAUGAUGAUUUGAGCGUCGCGCCUCCCGUCAACGACAUCUACCGCGCCAGGCAGCAGAAACGAGUCAAAUAGACUCACUGACUACACCUAUAGUUCGUUUUUUAGGGUUCCGUACCCAAAGGGUCAAACGGGACCCUAUUACUAAGACUUCGCUGUCCGUCCGUCCGUCCGUCCGUCUGUCACCAGGCUGUAUCUCACGAACCGUGAUAGCUAGACAGUUGAAAUUUUCACAGAUGAUGUAUUUCUGUUGCCGCUAUAACAACAAAUACUAAAAAAAGAAUAAAAUAAAGAUUUAAGUGGGGCUCCCAUACAACAAACGUGAUUUUUGACCAAAGUUAAGCAACGUCGGGAGUGGUCAGUACUUGGAUGGGUGACCGUUUUCUUUUCUUGCUUUUUUUGGUUUCUUUUUGCAUUAUGGUACGGAACCCUUCGUGCGCGAGUCCGACUCGCACUUGCCCGGUUUUUAGCGUAAGAAAGAAGGUAAACCAUCUUGACGUGUCUUUUUACUAAUGGUCGGACAGAUAGACAGACGCACGAGUGAUCCUAUAAGGGUUCCGUUUUUUCCCUUUGAGGUACGGAACCCUAAAAAUCAUCUCAGAGAAUUCAUAGUAUACUCGUAUAGUCUACAACUCUACAGUGUAAAGCAAAAAUGUAUUCGGGGGCUGCUAUGACGGACAUAAGAUUAAGAUCAAAAUGUGAAAUAUAUUCUCACUGCCUGGUAAUGGACUAACUAAAGAUUUUUCUGACAUAAAAUGUGACGUUGUCUAUGAAAAGGGACCUUAUUUUCGAAAGUGACAUUAACGAUGCUCCGAUAUAAAUACUAUGCCGCGCGACGCUAUGUGACGUAAGUGUCAUCGACAAUAAGGUCCCUUUUCAUAGUUAAUGCCCCAAAUAGUCUCGAUAUGAAACACCUACAUGGUAGUGUCAUGACAGACAUUUUAUCAAUUCAUG